GUGGUUAUUGUACAAGACGAGUCAGUUUCAUUAAAAUAAACUGCUACAGUGUACAUGUGUAACUUUGACAUUUCACACGUGUUCACUUUAUCUUUGCUGCAGGUUCUGCGGAAAUUCGUUUAUGAUGCGAGAUAGCGGUGUUUUAGUUUGUUUAAGCCUUUUGAGUGUAGGCGUUGUCAUUUAACCGCAGUCCUGUCGACUGUUAGUUUUGAACUUAGUUACGCGUUAUUCGAGUAAACUGAGCGUAGAAGUGAACAGGAUCAUAAUUCUGCGUAAUAAUUGUCCGCAAUUUUUGUUUGAUAGUACCAUGCCAGUAACAACAAAGUUGAGGCAGUCUGCAAAUCCUGUCGAUCAGGCAACUUUGCCGAUAAACGAACGAAUUUUGAGAGAAUGUCAUAAUCUAUAUACCGACCCUGACAAAGGAUUAAUUAAAAUAGCAGAGCAGUUUGGUCUAAAAUUAUUAGCUCCAAGAAAAAAAAUUAUUGUCCUUUUAAUAGGAAAUCAUUCAGCAGGAAAAUCAUCCUUCAUAAAUUGGUACAUUGAGGAACAUGUUCAGAAAACUGGUGUGGCAAUUGAAACACAAGGUUUUGUGAUUGUUACAAGUGGCAGGAAACGAGAGACUCUCAUGGGUAAUGCUACUCUGCAUUUGUACCCACAUUUCAAACCAUUGCAACAUAUACCAGGUGUUGUGGACUUCUUAUCCACGGAGAUAUCAACUUCAAAGCAGAAAAAAUUUAGCCUUGUCACUUUUGUGGACACUCCGGGUCUUGUGGAUGGUGGGAUGGAGUACCCAUUUGAUGUUAAUGAGGCUGUAUUGUGGCUAGGAAAGAUGGCUGAUUUGGUAUUCGUUUUCUUUGACCCAAUUGGCCAGGCACUUUGUAAAAGAACUCUCAACCUAGUUGAGGCCUUAAAUAAAACCCAAACAGAAAAAAUGCGUUUUUAUUUGUCCAAGGCAGAUGAUGCUGGGGAUGAGUCUGAUCGACAAAGAGUAAUGAUGCAGAUUGUUCAAGAAUUGUGUAAGCGGCCUGGUCUGAAUAGGACUGGAUUUGACAUGCCUACUAUUUACAUACCAGAAUUAAACAAGCAGACAAGAUGUGCCAACCAAAUUGAGAAUGUGUGCAAAGACAUAGAACGCACUAUUAACCAAACUAUACAAAAUACACUGAAUACUUUAGAGAAAGACUGUGAAGCUAUUUCAAAGCUUGUGUCUGAACGACUCCAGAAAGAUGAAGAAGAUCGUAAUUUCAACUACAGAACUUCUGGCCGUGCUUUUUUAUUGGGUUCUACAGCAGCAUUUGUUCCAUUUCUUCUUUUUGUUAACAUGGUGAUAUCACUGCUUGGAGAAAAGAGAAUAAAAUCUCUCAUUGGCAGUGAGAAAGCUGAUAGUUUACUUCACUACAUGUCACCAGUACGUAUGCUGUGGUCAUUUGUCCCAGAGCAUCAUCAGUGGAAGCUACUUAUAGUUUUUGUCCUGAUGUCAGUUGCUCUCUUCUUCCUGACUAAAUGGUCUAUUGGUCUUCGUCCAACUUUGUCACGUAAGCAGAAAAAUUACUUCACGGAUGUCAGGAACCAUGUGGAUAAGGUAGUUGCAGUUCGGAAGCAAGAACUUUAUCGUGAGUAUUUGAUGCAAAGUGUUGGAGACCAAGAUAUGUAGAGAAGAUAAUUUUUUAAAUCACGUGCAAAUGUCAGUUUGUAUCGGUUUAGAAUGUGUGAAAUUAACAGCACUAAGAACAGUGCUACAGUAUGAGCUAUCAUUAUGUUAUGUUACUGAGGUAUGCAGAAGAUUGAUGCAGAAGAUUGUUUCUGGGGAAAAGAUUUUUGUACCCGCUUAAGUAUAUGCAUUUAGGUUCACAAUUUGCCUUCCAUGCAGUAAGCAUGUAUUACUAUAAAAAUAAAAUGAAAGCUUAUUGAAGCACAUGACUGUGUCUUACAGUGAUUUCUUGUAUGCAAAGAAAUUGGCUGAAGUAGCAAAAUGGAUCAAUGUUCCUAUCUGAUUCUGUGCUAUGUUUGACUGAAUGUCAUAAUCACAAAAAAUGUGAUUAUCUGAAACAACUGACUUCCAUGGGAAAAUUUACUUCAAAAAUAGCAACUGAAAGUAAAGUAUGCUAGUUUUAAAUUCAAGUCAUAUUCUGUCAUUUUGUUUGAACAACACAGAAAUGGCUGCUUACAAGAGGCAUUCCAUUUAGUGCUUUGUUAUUAAACCAUUAGUUUAAAGAUAAAACAGUGUAUUGUGUAUUUUAAGUAAAAUAUCUGUUCUGCUUUAGUACGAAGUUUGUCAUUUUAAAAUGAAUUGCAUUUUAUUGUUACAAUUAGCAAGUUGUUAUACAUCAUUUAUUCGUAAUUACAUUUUCCCUUUUUUCUAUAGAAUGUUUAUUACAUUGUUAACUCAAAACUGUGUGUGAGUAUUUAGUUUCAAGUGAAAAUGUAUUAAUGAGGUGCUACACUAGUGCAUUGUUAUAAUGUCCAAAAUGUUUACUCAGAAUGUAAUUUUGUACUGCAGGUGUGUGAGUUAAAUGAAUCCCUAUGUUGAAAAUCACUUGUUACAAACAACAUUUUAAAAUGAAACUAUCCUUGUAUAUUUUCCUAUUUUUGUAUGUAUACAGCAAGAGGAAAAUAAAUUAAGUCAAAACCUCCUAAGGAUCUUGAUGUAAAAGUGUGCUGCUAUUUUCAAACUUAGUUUUGCAGUUGCUAUGUUAAUGUUUUAUGAUGUGGUUUAUAUGAAAUUGUGUUUUGCAACAAUUUAAAUUUGUGUAAUUGGUUCUGAAAAAUGCCAUAUAUAUUUCAUUGUGUUAGAUCCUGAUAAUAUACAGCAUGAUUUCUUUAAAGUA